UGACGAAAUAAAAUUUUAAAUUAUACAAUUUUUAUUCACAUCACAAUUAUUAAUAAUAUAUUACAAUUAUUAAUUUUAAAAUUUUAUUAUAUUUAUGAUUUUGUAAAAUAAUUUUAUUCAAAUAAAUUUUUUGAUAUUAAUCGUGUUUAUAUGUAAAUCAAUUGUUCAUGAAAAUCUAGAUUUAUUUUUUUCAUCAUCAAAAUUAUAAAGGUUAGAUUUAUCUGUUAUAAUAAAUAAUAAAAUUACAUCAAAUAUAACAUAAAUUAUAUCAAUAAAUUAUAUUUAUCAAUAAAUAAAAUCAUAUUAUAUAAAUAUUUAUGAUAAAUAUCUAAUUAAAUUUGAAAAUUUAUGAAAUAAAUAAAAUAGAAAAUGUUUUACCAAAAAUAAAUUAAAGAAUAAAUAUAUUUCAAGUAAAAUCAUUGUUAAAUAAAAUUAUUAAGAUUUUAAUAAUACAAAUAUAAAAUUAAUAUAUUAUUUUUUAUAAUUAUUAAAUAGAAGUAUAUUCUCAAAUAUUUAACAUCGUAAAUCAUGUCUUUAUAUUUUAAUAAAAAUCAUCAAAAUUGUUAUAUAAUUUUUUUAAAUAUAAAAAUAUAAUUUAAAAAUAAUUUUUUUUUAACGAAUUUCUUUAUAUAUAGACACAUACACAUGCACACACAUAUGUAUGUAUUAUAAAUCUGAAAAUAAAAUGUAAUUUUUUUAAUAUAACCUUAUUAAUAAUAUAUAAUACAAAUUUAUAGAAAAAUUAUAAUAUGUAUAAAAAUAUAUAAUAAAUAUUCUUUUAUCAUUAAAAUAUACUUUAUAUUGUUUUUUUCGUAUAUCUUAUAUUUUAUAUAAAAAUUAUAUUUAUUCAAAUUUUUUAUUUUUUUUUAAGUUAUAUAAAAAGGAAAUUUUAAAUUGAUUCUAUUGGACAUUUACACUAUUAUUAAAAUACAUAUUAUAUUAAUAUUAAAAUAUAUUUUUUUGUGUUCAAUAUUUUCUUAAUGAAUUAAAAUAAUAAUAAAAUAAUAAAUAAAUUUUUUAUAAAAUUCAGUAACUAUAUAGUAACAUUUUGUAACUUAGAACUAGUUUAUAUACUUAUAUAAAAUAUAUAAAAUACUAGAUUAUCAUUGGUAAACAAUUUUAGUAAUUAUCAAUUAUUGAACCACGUGUGUGCUGGAAAUAAAGUAAAAUAUAAAAUUUUGGAAAUUUUAAAUAAAUUAUUUAGUAAAAGUAAGAGAAAUAAGAUAUCCAAAAAAUGAGUGAUGAUAUUAUGGAAGACAAUAAGAUUGGAAGUGGAGAAUUACAAGAAUUUGUUAUAGCUGAAAAACAGAAAGCGUUAAUUCAAGCUCAGAUUCAUGAAUUCAAUGAUAUUUGUUGGGAUAAAUGUAUUGAUAAACCAGGAGUCAAAUUGGAUAGCCGAACAGAAACAUGCUUAACUAAUUGCGUUGAUAGAUUUAUAGAUGUUUCACUUUUAAUUACAAAUCGUUUUGCACAACUUUUACAAAAAUCUGUAUAAAAAUAUGUAAUAUUAAAUAAAUUAUGCAUAUAAUAGUUUUGUGUUAUAAAGUGUAGGAAAUAAAAUUAUUUUUUAUUUCAUUUUUAAUAAAAAAAUUAUUUAAUAUUGAACAAAUAA